AUGGAGCAAAAAUCACCCAAGGACGAGGGCACCGCCAAGGGACAGGAGUCUCUGUCCUACCAGCGGAGGAUGUGGAAGAAUUUCCAGGUGAAAACCAAACCAUGGCUCAGUCCAAAGCUGGGAUCGGAGCGCCGUGGGGCCGGGGGCGCGGAGGGCAGCAAGAAGGAAUCGGGGCUGUGGAUGUUUAAGAGGAAAAAGAAACAACUGGACCGAGUGUUUUCGUCGUCUCAGCCGAACCUGUGCUCUACGCCGGCGUCUUGCGAGGGGGACAAGAAGUCUCUCGGAAGCGAUGCCGUCCCAAGCACCAGCAGCGGCGGCCAGUAUCUGCUACAGCCCCUUGGCACCGCUUCUGGAGCCACGGGGAGCAAGCCAGAGCUGACGGCGCACGGAAGCCCCAAACUCCCCGUGUCCCAGCUGAUCUUGCACCAGCAGAAGAGCUCCUCUCUCGGCUCGGCGUGCUUCGAGAAGCUGGUGGUGGACCCGGCCGCGGUGGUGGGAGAGGAGGAACAGCUGCGUAAAAACGCGAGCGAUUCUGGCAUCAAUAUAGUGGGGCCCAGUAAUGCAGAGCCUCCACUCCAGCCUCCAGGUUCGGUCAUGUACCAGUUGGAUAUUGUCCUGAAGAAAGGGAAAAACCUCGCCAUCCGGGAUCGAACAGGGACCAGUGACCCAUAUGUGAAGUUUAAGAUUGCAGGGAAGGAGGUGUUCAGGAGCAAGACCAUCCACAAGAACCUCAACCCAGUGUGGGAUGAGCGAGUAAGCCUCCUGGUGGAAACCCUGAAGGACCCACUGUAUGUCAAGGUCUUCGAUUAUGACUUUGGAUUUCAGGAUGAUUUCAUGGGAUCAGCGUACCUCUACCUGGAGUCACUGGAACACCAUAGUACCUUGGAUGUGACACUGGACCUGAGGGACCCACAAAACCCCGAACACAACCUGGGCAGCCUGGAACUAGCUGUCACUUUGUCACCGAAGGAAGGAGACGUGAGAGAUGCUGUAAGAAAUACCAUGCUUUUGAGAAGGAACUGGAAACGAUCUAGUAAGUAUCAGAGCAUGCGUCUGUCAGACGUGCACAGGAAAGCCCAGCUGUGGCGAGGCAUAGUCAGCAUCAGUCUGAUAGAGGGUCGCGACCUGCAGCCCAUGGACGCCAACGGCCUCAGCGACCCGUACGUCAAAUUCCGGUUGGGUCACCAGAAGUACAAGAGCAAGACAAUUCCCAAAACACUGAACCCUCAGUGGAGAGAGCAGUUUGAUUUCCACCUGUAUGAUGAGCAGGGAGGCUUUGUGGACAUUACAGUCUGGGACAAAGAUGCUGGGAAGAAGGAUGACUUCAUGGGAAGGUGUACCGUCGACCUGUCUCUGCUUAGUAAAGAGCACACACACAAGUUGGACCUGCCGCUGGAAGAAGGGGAAGGUGUCCUGGUGCUGCUGGUUACACUCACUGCCUCCGCCGCCGUCUCCAUCUCAGACCUGUCAGUCAACAUGCUGGACGACCCGCACGAGAGACACCAGAUCAUGCAGAGAUAUAGCCUCUGGAGGUCGCUUCACAACCUGAAAGAUGUCGGCGUGGUGCAGGUUAAGGUCAUCAGAGCCGAGGGACUAAUGGCGGCAGAUGUCACAGGUAAGAGCGACCCGUUCUGCGUGGUGGAGCUGAGUAACGAUCGGCUGCAAACGCACACUGUCUACAAAAACCUCAACCCAGAGUGGAACAAGGUCUUCACUUUUAACGUGAAGGACAUCCACUCGGUACUUGAGGUCACUGUUUACGACGAGGACCGAGACAGAAGCGCGGACUUCCUGGGGAAAGUUGCUAUUCCUUUACUGAGCAUCCAAAAUGGAGAACGCAAAGCCUACGUCUUGAAAAGCAAGGAGCUGACAGGGCCAACAAAAGGGGUCAUCUUUCUCGAAAUAGACGUGAUUUUUAAUGCUGUGAAGGCUGGUCUCAGGACGUUAAUCCCUAUUGAGCAGAAGUACAUCGAGGAGGAGCCCAGAGUGUCCAAACAGUUGCUUUUGCAGAACUUCAACCGAGUAAGACGCUGCAUCACGUUCCUGAUCAACACGGGCUGCUACAUCAACAGCUGCUUCGAGUGGGACUCUCCGCAGAGGAGCAUCUGUGCUUUUGUGCUUUUUGUUCUCGUCGUUUGGAACUUUGAACUCUAUAUGAUUCCUCUGGCGUUGCUGCUGCCCUUGGCCUGGAACUACAUCCUUAUCGCAUCAGGGAAGGAUACCAGACAAGAUGUGCAAGCGGUGGAGGACCUGCUGGAGGAUGAGGACGAGGAUUUUGACAAAGAUGACAAGGACCCUAAACCCGACCCCUGGGAGGACAGCCGUGAUAAAAACCAUAUCCUCGAGGAUAUGUUGGCUUCCUGGCACUUUGAGUGGAUACGAGCGAUGGUGGACUCCGAGAGAAAGGGCUUCAUGAACAAGAUUUAUGCCAUUCAGGACGUGUGCAUCAGUGUGCAGAAUGCACUGGAUGAUGUGGCCUCCUAUGGCGAGAGGAUAAAGAACACAUUUAACUGGACUGUGCCUUUCCUAAGCUGGCUAGCCAUUGUGGCUCUCGGAUUGGCCACGACCAUCAUCUAUUUCAUCCCUCUCCGAUACAUUGUGCUGGCCUGGGGGGUGAAUAAAUUCACCAAGAAGCUGCGAGACCCUUACACCAUUGAUAACAACGAGCUGCUAGACUUUCUAUCCAGAGUACCCUCAGAUGUACAGGUGGUGCAGUACCGAGAGCUGAAACUGGAUCCCAAUCCCAGUCCAAAUAAAAGGAAGAAAAACAACCCCGGGUAGAUGACUGUGUCCGCCCACCAACUCCUCUCUUCUCUCCUUUUCUUCUCUCGGUCUAUUACUGGACACCGAGGAGCAGACGGAGACGGCUCCGGACAAACUCAACUCAACCAUCUUUCUACUUUUCAGUUCCCCUUUGAUUCUCCUUAACUUUUCUCUCAUGUCUUUAAAUACUCUUUGUGUACAGAGUGUCGGUUUUCUAUAUAACAAGAGCAGUUCAAGGAACCUCUUGAUUUAUUAUUACGACCAUCAUGCUUUUGAUUUUAAAGUGGGAAGGACUGAAUGACCUUUAGAUUUGCCGCCUGAGCCGCUCUCCACAUUUCUCCUCUCUGUCACUCCGACAGCUCAGUGGACUCUUGUCUGUUUGCUUGCCAUGAGUGUCACACAAUACGUAAAAGAUAUACAUGUUUUGGGUGUAUCCUCGUUUAAACGACGUGUGCAAAAAUUCACAAAAGAUACAAGCCUUAUACUAACAGUCCGCAUUAUCACACCGAAAUAGAUUUUUUUUUAGAUGUUAAGAAAUGAUUUUGGUAAUAUGUUUAUAUUUUCUAAUGGUUUUUAUACCGAAGUAUCUUUUGUGUUCUUCCCCUCUCGGAUGUGGUAACGAUGUUGUGUUCACUGGCAGUAAUUUGGACCGUCUCCACUUAAGUCUAGCCAGCCAAGUUGAUUAGCAGUUAUGGUGGUAGCCUCCAGAUACGUCCUUCUACGCAAGCACAGAUCUGGACAAACAGAACGGAAGCUUGUGGUGGUAUCGUUGUGAGCUUUAAUACAACAGCCAAAUUAGCUUCUUGUUUUUUUUUCCCCCCCAGACAAAAAAAACAAAAAACAGAGAGUUCAAAGAAUUGUGAGCCUGCAGUGACUUAAAUACUGGUAAAAAAAAAAAAAAUGACGGGCUUUAAGAAAACCGGACGACGUAAGGUAGCUGCGGCCUCAUUUAACCCCUUAAAACCAUGUCCGUGAGAUGCCCCCUCUCUCUCUCUCUGUGUGUGUGUCAGGAGGCGCAGCAGACUGGGCCCUGCUGUUGUGGUGUUAAUUUAGAUGUCACCCAGUUUAUGCAGAGUGUCGUCAGGCGGGCAGGCCUUUAGGCAGCCACAGCCCUAAUCUUGUUUGAAAGGCUGGUCUCCUUUCCUCUCAUCUCCCCGCAGCCACACACACACACACACACACUUUCCUGCAUGCGCAUUUAUGGAGACUCAAAUAUAAAAAAUAAAAAAAAGAGAAAGAAAAAAAACGGUCCCCCCCUUUUAAGAGAUCUCCGGUACCGUACCUGCUCGCUCACGGAUGAAAUCGCAACAUUUGUAUUUGAACGGGAUCAUUCUCCACCCUCUCAGACGCAAACAUGCUCUCUGUGAUGCUGAGCCCCAGGCUGGCCGCCCUCUCCAUCUGCCCCACCUCCUGUGCCCACAGCUCAACUUUGAUCAGCCUUUCCAGACACAGAGGCUUGUACAUCUGAACUGUGUAUGUAAGUAGUGUUUGCGUACGAGCGUUUAUGCAAUCAAAGACAUGUUGCUUGUCUCCGCGUUGGUGUGUGUUACAAUUGUGUCUCCCCUCCAGCUGUAGACUGAUGCCUAGAUUCAGUCAGCGAGCGGCGCAGCAGAAGUGCCAGCUGGUGUUCGGCGGCGUAGAGUUUGCAGGGAUGAGCUCUAGAUGCUAGAUGAGCAGCAAGUCGCCGCGUGACAAGACAACGCUCCGAGGGGGACUUAGGCCUGAGGUGUCAGGCAGCGGAGGAAUGUGUGCGUGUGCGUGUUUCGUGCUAUUUCAGAUCCUUCUUCCCGUCAUGCUUCCCUCCGCUCGCUCUUUCUGCGGUUCCCUCGUUCGUCAGUGAGCGGGGUUGCGACCCUGUCUGAGGGGACGGUCUCCCGGGCUCGCCUCUGAGCAUCUCUUGAAAGAUCACAGCACAGGCCGCAUUCGAGGAGGUCUCCACUCGUCCUAUUGAUCCCCGCCUCCUCCUGCUUCCUCCCCUUUUUCCCUCCCUUUUUGUUUGUCUGUCUCUCCGUCCGUCUUUAUCACUUUAAACCCCCCUCCCUGCCGCAGCCGGAGCUCUCUCCUGCCAUUUUGUCAUCCGCCUGCCUGUCUUCCUCCCAUCGCCUCUAACCUAACCCAUCCAUCUCCGUGCUUAAAUAUCAACAGGCUUGCAUCCGUCACUCCAGAGGGCCGCUGAUUUUGUUUCGUUUUUUUUUUUCCUUUUUCUUUUUUUGUGACGAAUCCAACCGAAAGACAUUAAGACUGUGUCCCCCGAGAGCUGCGUCUCCAACAGCCUCCUCUACAAAAACGGACGUCUCUUUAUAGUACCCGAUACGUACGUGUGCACUACUACGCGUAGUCAUUUUACAGCAAAUCGUGGUGACUGUUGUGUGGUACUGCAUCCAAAUACCGUCUCUCUAUCGCUCUCUUUUUUGAUAUUCAUUUGGUUCGGGCUCCAUUUUAAAGCAAACCAAAGUGUUUUUAUUUUGUAUGAUGUAAAGAAGAUAAAUUAUAUAACGGGAAUGUAUCAGACUGACAGUUGCAAAAGGGAGGGGGGGAAGAAAAGCACUUUUAUUUGCACCGAGUUGAAAUGAGACUAUUUAUUUUUUAAACGACACUGUACAUAGCUAAUUACUUGUUAAUUUAAGGUUGUAUUUUAUACAGAAUGCCUGUCGACUGUCUGGUCAUGAUGUUGUAAAGUAGGUGUGUGCCUGCAUCGUUUUCUAAGGUCUCUCUUCUCCGCCUGCGACGUUGCCUGCCUGUGACAUCAUCUUCGUGCGCCCGGGCCCCCGACCGCUGACGUUUCCAGAGUGGAUGUUCGGGGUCAGGGCGGGUAAAAGAAAACAUGAUGUAUAUCUCUGAUUAGAGUAAUGAAACGCAUCUGAUGUAUGUUACCGAUUUUGAAAACAAGGGGAAAAAAAAAAAGAAAAAAAAUGAGAUUAAAUAUUUUUUAUCAUCUUCA